CUUGAUGCUGAUGUCAUCGCCAGGCAGGUGGAAGCUCCGGUUUGACGAGCUAUUGGUCCGCCGGAGACAAAGACGAAGCAGCCGGCUGAAAGUAGUCUGUUAUGGGCAUAUUCCGGUGAAUUUGCUUGCUUUGAACCGACGAAAGGAACAUUUGUAUGGGGUGUAUAAGGCAGGUCUAACGAUAAAGUGGGAAAACUCCAGAGAAAGUGCGCGGCCAUAGUUUGACGUUAAUGGAAGCGGUGACGUAAGCAGAUAUGCCAGCUGACGACAAGGUUGCCAUCCUGACAGACGAUGAGGAGAAGCCAAAGAACAAGCAUGCAAUGGCGGAAGCCUUCGCCUCACUGUCACUGCAACAGAGGAGUGCUCCGUCCACGCCCUCCGCCGCCGACCUGUCCGAGCCGCCCGAGCCGCCCGCGGACUCGCCGCCUGACUCUCUCAACUGUUGCCAGAGGAUGUGCCUGCGGAUCAACAGUCACCUCCUCAUCUCUAAAAUCUUCUACUUCUUCUUCUACGCCGCUUAUGGCUCACUGCACCCGCUGCUUGCCGUCUACUAUAAGCAGCUGGGAAUGUCCGCCAGUCGCAGCGGCCUCCUGGUCGGCAUCCGUUACUUCAUAGAAUUCUGCAGCGCUCCUUUCUGGGGCGUGGUGGCGGACCGCUUUAAGAAGGGGAAGGCGGUGCUGCUGUUCUCGGUUUUCUGCUGGUUGGUGUUCAACUGCGGCAUUGGCUUUGUGAAGCCGGCUGACAUGAAAUGUGUGGAGAAGGGAGCUGAUGUGACGGUGACGCCCACCGUUACCACUCCAGGAAACUUCACGCUGGACAACAACUCCACUAUCCGGGUUCGCCGCAGCUGGCUUCCCGAGUUCCCGAUCUCCGUAUUCCAAAGAAGCAUCAAUGACACAUCGCUCUCUAUUAACACCACCGACAGCACCACAACAACCACUGUCCCCGCUCCCACCGGUACCAAGGAGUACCAGAUAAUCUACGACAACGUCCAAGUGGAGAACAUUUUCCUGAUUAUUCUGCUUGUCAUCAUCGUUGGCGAGUUUUUCAGCGCUCCGGCUGUCACCAUUGUGGACACGGUCACACUGCAGUACUUGGGCAAGGCCCGCGACCGCUACGGGUUGCAGAGGAUGUGGGGUUCUCUGGGCUGGGGGCUCGCCAUGCUGCUGGUGGGCAUUUGGAUCGACCACACGCACAUCUCCGUGGUCAUCGACAGCGUUGGCUGCAUCGUGCCCGACUUCCGCCUCCGCAACUAUCAGAUUGCCUUCAUCGUCUUCGGCGUGCUGAUGGGUGCAGCUUUCGUCGUCGCCACACAGUUCUAUUUUGAAAAAGGCGGGGACUAUCUGCGAGAGGUUCCCGAGGGCGCGGCAGAGGGAACACCCGAGGUGGACCCGACCACCAUCAGCACCGACGUCAGUCAGGAAUUCCACUACAGUGACCUUCUAAGGCUGUUGUGCAGCGUGCGCUACAGUUCGGUUCUAUUUGUGGCGUGGUUCAUGGGUUUCGGCUACGGCUUUGUCUUCAGCUUCUUGUACUGGCACCUGGAGGACCUGCAAGGCACAUACACGCUGUUCGGCGUCUGCUCCGUCUUGAGUCACGCCUCGGAGCUUGCCGCCUACUUCACCAGUCACAAGUUCAUUGAGCUGGUGGGACACAUCAGGGUGCUGUACAUUGGCCUAGCUUGCAACACGGCACGCUACCUCUACAUCUCAUACCUGCAGAAUGCCUGGACUGUGCUGCCCAUGGAGGUCCUUCAAGGUGUGACGCACGCCUCUGUUUGGGCAGCUUGUAUCUCCUUCUUGAGCGCUGCCGUCCCACCGGAUCUAAGGACGUCGGCGCAGGGCAUCCUACAGGGGCUUCACCUCGGGCUGGGCCGUGGCUGUGGGGCCAUGGUUGGGGGGUUGCUGGUUGGUUACUUUGGUGCUGCUGUAACAUUCCGCGGGAUUGGCAUGGCCUCCUUGGUCAUUCUCCUCAUCUUCACCCUCAUCCAGUGUCUGACACGCGAAAUAGAGGGAAAUGAGGACAAAAUGCUGGCAGAGAAUAUCCCAGUCCCCUCAAGCCCUGUCCCUAUUGCCACCAUUGACUUGGUAGAGAGCCAGGGCACCAACUUCAACCUCCAGGUUGCCCCCGUUUCUCUGAAAAAGACCAAGUACCAAGAGGAACAAGAGGAUGUAGCUCGACCAGCCUGGGUGCUCUCCGGCGCCCCCUGGGUCACCAUCGCCUUCGCCAUUGUCCAGAUUAGAGAGAUGCUCUCCACGGUAAAGAGUGGCCAGCUGCCGCAGGAGACUCAGCCGCUGCAGAUGAACCAGGUUCCUGAUGACCAAGCAACACACAGAGACCAGGGCGAUUGUGGCGCCACACCCGCCCCCGGACUGCCAACACAACAAAGCCCCGCCUCCCCAAAGCCUACAAACUGCAACAAAGACCACAGGCAGAUGGAGUCACAAGUAGGCGAUGUGGCACCGAAAGUACUUGUUGACUGAGCGGAAUUACAGUAUCUCAACUUCCUGUCGCGUCAGUCCACCCUUUGUGACUGUUAAGCCCUCCUGUUGAUAACAAGUGCCUCUUUGGUAAAAGUGUAUAAAGUGAUGUAAAUUAAGUUGAAUUUAAGUUAAAUCUAUUUUUGUUCUUUUUCUGAACUAUAGAAAGAAUUUUAAUGAAGUGUAAAAAAAAAAAAAAAGUGUUAAUGACUGCUUACAGAGCGAGAAGAUUCACAACCAUGAAGUACAAACCAAUACAACUAGAAACCAUAAGAUAACUUUGCAAAAAAAUACUAAAAAACUAAAAAAGCACAGUGAAACAAUUAGGAAUAAAAAGUUUGACGAGGCCAAAAGGCCAGCUAGGAUGGAGUAACCUAUUACCUACGAUAAUAAAAAGCUAUAACACCAGGAUCGGGAUCUAACCAGAAAAGGAAUAAUUAAUUAAAAGCAAACAACACUACAGUCAGACAUAUUUUGUGUUCCAAAUUGUGCACUUUUCACACUUACAUUUUGCAUCUGAGUGCAUAAAUGCGUUGACACUGAGAAGUAUGGCAAAAUGUAUGUGGCAGAUCAAAAGAGACUAACUCAAGUGUUCAUCAGAAUGAAAAAGUAUAAAAGAAAAACUGGCAAACUUGCCAACAUAUACCGUAUUUUUCGGAGUAUAAGUCGCUCCGGAGUAUAAGUCGCACCGGCCGAAAAUGCAUAAUAAAGAAGGAAAAAAAAUAGAGAUGUCCGAUAAUAUCGGUCUGCCGAUAUUAUCGGCCGAUAAAUGCGAUAAGAUGUAAUAUCGGAAAUUAUCGGUAUCGUUUUUUUUAUUAUCAGUAUCGUUUUUUUAUUUUUUAUUUUUUAUUUUUUAUUUUUUGUAUUAAAUCCACAUAAAAAACACAAGAUACACUUACAAUUAGUGCACCAACCCAAAAAACCUCCCUCCCCCAUUUACACUCAUUCACACUCAUUCACACAAAAGGGUUUUUCUGUUAUUAAUAUUCUGGUUCCUACAUUAUAUAUCAAUAUAUAUCAAUACAGUCUGCAAGGGAUACAGUCCGUAAGCACACAUGAUUGUGCGUGCUGCUGCUCCACUAAUAAUACUAACCUUUAACAGUUAAUUUUACAAAUUUUCAUUAAUUACUAGUUUCUAUGUAACUGUUUUUAUAUUGUUUUACUUUCUUUUUUAUUCAAGAAAAUGUUUUUAAUUUAUUUAUCUUAUUUUAUUUGAUUCAUUUUUUUAAAAAGUACCUUAUCUUCACCAUACCUGGUUGUCCAAAUUAGGCAUAAUAAUGUGUUAAUUCCACGACUGUAUAUAUCGGUUGGUAUCGGUAUCAGUUGAUAUCGGUAUCGGUAAUUAAAGAGUUGGACAAUAUCGGCAUAUCGGAUAUCGGCAAAAAGCCAUUAUCGGACAUCCCUAAAAAAAACAUAUAUAAGUCGCACUGGAGUAUAAGUCGCAUUUUUAGGGGAAAUGUAUUUGACAAAAGCCAACACCAAGAAUAGACAUUUGAAAGGCAAUUUAAAAUGUCUAAAGAAUAGUGAACAACAGGCUGAAUAAGUGUACGUUAUAUGAGGCAUAAAUAACCAACUGAGAACGUGCCUGGUAUGUUAACGUAACAUAUUAUGGUAAGAGUCAUUCAAAUAACUAUAACAUAUAGAACAUGCUAUACGUUUACCAAACAAUCUGUCACUCCUAAUCGCUAAAUCCCAUGAAAUCUUAUACGUCUAGUCUCUUACGUGAAUGAGCUAAAUAAUAUUAUUUGAUAUUUUACGGUAAUGUGUUAAUAAUUUCACACAUAAGUCGCUCCCGAGUAUAAGUCGCACCCCCGGCCAAACUAGGCAAAAAAACUGCGACUUACAGUCCGAAAAAUACGGUGUGCAUUUUUGCACUCCAAACGUGUUAACAUUAUUGGAAGGUUGAAGAAGACAAAGCGGAUAAAUAUUUUGAUAGUGAGUUCUAUGAAAUGCACAAAGACAGUAAUGUAUUUGGGUACAGCACUGCACUGUCAACGUUUGUGCCCUUUGGAACUUAUUCUGAAGUACAUGUUAGGGCUAUAAAUUGGAAGUGCACAAUUUGCAACACAGCCCAUGUUUAAAUAUAGCACACUUAGGUUUGUAGUUUGUACAAUCCUGCAUCUCCUUGCUGCAGCCACUGCCGGGGUCUUGCUCGCCAGCUGAUUUUAAGUAACUUAAAGGGUGAAAGAAUAUUUGCUUAAGCGCGUCAGUAUUUUUAUAAUUGUUCAAUUCUAUCAUGAUGGUACGGAGCCCCUAAAGGGACAUGGGGGAAUUUUUUUUUAAUAUAAUUUAUUUAUUAAUUUUUUUAGACAUGUAUCUUGUGCGCACGAGAAACUUUUUAUAAAGUACAAUUUAAUUUGAUUUUUUUUUUUUUUUUUUUUUUAAACAU